CGAUCAGGCGACAGCACUGAAACGUUGAAAAGACCUCAUGCUGUUUAAUUACUUCCUCGACUUUGAAGAACGAAAAAAAAAAGAUAAGAGAUGCUGCGUUUCUUCCAUAGUCAAUAGCGCGUGUAAUAUGCCGUUAAAUUCACCGUGUAAACAAGUCAGCGACUUGCACAAAGAUAACAGAGGCCUCGGAAUGCCGUUCAAAUUGGCGUAAAUAAAUUUGAUUAAAUACAAGUGGAAUAGAUUGCAGCUCUGAUCAGACAGAAUUGUGUUUCGUUGUACUUCGUUAUACUUCAAACCGCAGGAUAUUCGCGCGUGAUUCUCGGUCAGCGAGACCGGGGAGAGAAAAAAAGAAAAAAAAAGAGAAAAGACCUUUUGCUUUCUGCGACGCGGGAAGCAUUUAUACGUGGCGCAUUAUUCUUAUUCCGCGCACGUGAUGCGUCAUCCUGAGCCCUGCCAGGGACAAUGCCAUUGCCAUAGUGAAACAGUGAAAGUAUAUGGUCAUUUUGCCCUCGCUGUCGCGCGCACUUUUGCCCCUUCCCGCACGCACGGCGAGACGACACACGCAUCGACAUUUCGCGCUAUCGCGAUACUCCCGUUUCGAACUUCCACAUUCUGUUGAAGCGCUCUCCACUUGCGACUCGGGCACGAGCUCGGUGAAAUUUGCUUUUGCAUUCGACCGCGUCGAAGAUGAAAGCGCGAUGCGGAUUCUCUUAGGGUGCAUCGUCUACCUUCUGUCAACGGUCAGCGCGAGGACCGCGAUAAUGCCGCCGCCGUGGGCCGAUCCCUCGAGCAACCCCUGUGCCGCGCAACCACGUGGUUGGCAGCUGUUGUACUGGCCGGCCGACGGAAAAUGCUACAAAAUAUUUCAGAUCGGCGCUCCGUGUCCGGAAACCAUGGAACUAGGCCCGGCGGCCGGUAGCGGCGGAACAAUUGCGGAAUGUAGGUGUCCCCCGGGAACCGCACAAUCGCCCAGGGACGCAUUGUGCCAUCCAAUAUUCACGAGAGCGUCCUGCUCCAAGGGUCAAUUCUUCGCACCCGUGUCCGAGGCGUCGGAUAAACCAGGCACGAAGCCACGAUGGGGAGUCUGUCGCGAUCCCGAAACCUGCAACGAGCAAGGCGAAAUCUACUGGCCCAAGGACGGCAAGUGCUACCCGAAGCUCAGCAAAGGCCCGUGUCCACGUGGCGAGCUUCUUAUCAUAGGCGAAGACGGUCUAGCGACCUGUUCGUGCUCGACGAGCGGUGAACUGGGCAGGUACCAUUGGCUGGAAAACGGCGGUGGUUGCCACGAACACUAUACCAAGGGUCCCUGCUCGGAGCCGGGAGAAUUGUUUCUGCCGGGUGGAACGUGCGGCUGCCAUCCUCAAUUACCUCACUAUCACGAACCGAGCGGGAUGUGCUAUCAGUUAGGCGGCGUCGAUCCAUGUCCGCAAGGACAUCACUUUGUGGUGACAAUGGACGCUCGAUCAUCGCAGGAGGACGUCGCGCGAGCCAGAUGCGUUUGCAAAUCAGGCCAUGUGCUGUACAAAGACGGAUUCUGCUAUCGACUGCACACGAGGGGACCCUGCGAGAGCGGCUAUAUGCUGAUGAACUCAUCGACCUGCAUUCCCGUGCCAUGCAAACGUGGUAGACUGUACUUUCCUCAGGAGAAGACCUGCUACAAGGUCGGUACGCGGGGACCGUGUCCGAAUGGGCAAAUAGUGUUGUACGAUUACAACGUGAGACCGUCCCUCGACGGGAUCAGUUACAACGGCGUGUGCGGAUGUACCAACAGCAUGAGGGAUGCCGGCAAGUGCCUGACGAAUGAGAGCGACGACUGCGAGAGCACGCCAGGCAUGGUCAGGAUCAAAAAAACCUGUUACAAGUUAUACACGCAGGGCCCGUGUACCGCGGGAGAAUGGCUGGUCGCCCAGAGGACACCGAGAAACAGUCGGUUGUGGCGACAUGGGGGAGAAUCGCGACCGAGAGCCAGGUGCGAGUGCCGACCUGGUUACAAGAAGAUCGUCCAGAGCUCUGGUGAGGCUCUGGAUGAGCUGGACAGCAAUAAUCUGAUCUCGCCGAACAAUUGCCAGCCACCCGUAGUGAGUCUGGCAAAAUUUCUCAACGAUAAUAUCAAAUCAAUAGUGAUCUGAAUGGCUCAAUAGCUCAUAGAUUGCUGCGCAGUGAUCGCGGCGCUGCGCGGCAUUUAUAAUUUAUAAGCUUCGUCGAAUUACAUUUGUUUUUUUUUUUUUACCUUAGUGCGUGAUGCAACGAACUCUUCGGUUGAAAGAAUGAUGAUUGAUUUAACUUUGUAUAUAAUGUUAUACGAAUUAUUUUUAGUUUUAUCUCACAUCUAAGCAAAGCUUUAUUUAUUGUGUUCUUAAUACGUAAUAUCUAAUAUCUCAAGUAUUGUAAAUAUCGUUUAUAUGACUUACAAAAAAGUCUAAAGUUUCUUAUAAGAGAUAUGAGAGACAUGUGCCAAUUUUUCUAGAAAGCUUAAAAAAGUUGUAAAUAAACGCAG